CAGGCUUGUCUAUCACUUCUUUGAUCAAUAUCAGAAUAUCAUACCCUAGGUAGCAGGAAGUGCGCCGGUACUGUGCUGUUUCUGCUGAGUAAGGAGGGCAAAUAAGGGUAAAAAUUUAAUAGAAAUGGCGGCGCCAAGACCACAAAGUUGGAGGUGAAGCCUUUCUCGACAUUCACCAACUGCCUUCUUCGCGGUUCAAUCAUCAACCAGCGAGCCCCGACCGUCAAGGCGAAUUUAUUCUCCCGCACUGUCCACCCGUCCGAUCUAUUUCCCCGAUAUUUUUCAACCCGACGUAAAGCUAUGGAAGCAGAACUAAAAGAAUACAAACUACAGCUUGAGUCUGUUGAAGCUGCGCUUAAAGCAGAUCCCGAAAACCCAGAGCUGGUAGGCCUGGUCACGGAACUGAAGGAAGUUAUCGCACUGACAGAAUCCGUUCUCGCCGAACAAGCCGGCCAAGCCCCGUCCCCUCCUCCAUCCCACCACAAUCGUAACCACACCAAUCACAACAAUAAGCGGGAUUCACCUAGUACUUCCAAUGAGGUAGGAGGUGCUGGAACGGGAAGCAACAGUAUUUAUGCAGUUGGCGACAACGUCCUCGCGAGAUGGACCAGCGGCGAUAACCAGCUUUAUCCGGCCAGGAUUACUUCGGUGAUGGGAUCACAACAAAACCCAGUCUACAUCGUCAAAUUUACCCAAUAUAACGCUACAGAGACUCUACACGCACAGCAUAUCAAGCCAGCUUCAAACUUUGCUAGCAAGAAACGUAAACUCGAUAAUUCACCUAUCCACAGCAAUGGGAAUAACAUCGGCCCCUCUUCUGCUUCGUCUACCCCCACUACUUCUGCUAUCUCUAACAGCGCCAUUAUCUCGCAGCCCGCUACUAUAAAUACUGAAUUGGCAGAGGCGAGCAAACGAGAGUCCAGUAAAGCUGCUGAUGGCCCCUCGAAAGUCCCGAAAACCGGGCGGAAAAUUGCACAAAAAAAGGUGCUCGAGGAGGGCAAAAAGAAGUGGCAGGACUUUGCUUCUAAGGGUGUAAAGGGCAAGACUGGGAAGGCCAGAAAGAUAGGCGAGAGCAGCAUGUUUAGAACUCCGGAGGGUGUGCAUGGUCGAGUUGGUUUCACGGGGUCCGGGCAGCCUAUGAGGAAGGAUGUUGCUAGAGGGAAACACGUAUAUCAUCAGGGAGAGGAAGAGGACUAAACCUCUGAGAGCGGGAGUAUCUUUUGGGAGUUGCUAUCCCAUCCUCCUCUGCCUUUCCUCGUUUUACCCCACCGACCGCCUUAAGCUGACGGAUGCUUUUCCCUUUGGCCAUAUUCCUACGUCUACCCAAUCGAAGAAAAAGUUUUUUCUAUAUACACCAAGAAAGGUGAUUAACGAACAUCGGCCUUUUUUUCUAUCUGGGAAGUUCAGGGGCAGUUUGUACAGCAAGGCUGCGGUCUCUUAUAUUUCUUCGGAGUCUGUAACUGGUUUUUCAUUGUUUUCUUUUAUCAUUCAUUUUCACGUCACAGUUAUCUGAUCUGUUGCUAAGAUGGGAUAGUGAGAUUUGGUUUCAGUUUUCCUGCUUCAAUGGGGCAUUGGGAAGGCAUGGACAAGGAGUGGCCCUGGUAUCAUACCGGAUGAUAGGGAUUGGAUAGCGCUGUUUUCUGAAAAUGUUCCCCAUACCCUAUUCGAUUCUCUUUCGUUUCAAGCCGUUUGAUUUGAGGAUGAUGCUAAUCAAGACGUGAUAUUGCAAUGCAACUUCGGCAGCUAUUACCCGGGAGCCUACUUUGAAUAUUUUUCGGUACCUCCCUUCUCAUGGUGGUGCCCGGUCGUUCGCGAACGCGAGCGAAUUGGCUCGGCAAGGUUACUACGGCUCGAGGUUGGUAUAAUCCCCGAUAUAUUGCCCACUAAACAGCCUAUCACGGCAGUCAUAAUGCCAAAGCCAAAGUUCUCAUCACUGAGUUCGCAUCUGCUGAAAAUGGUGUUUUGUUUAUCAUUCAAUUAUCCCAGAUGUUGUAAUACGUUUAUAGAAAUAUACUGCCCUAGCUUGUGUGCUCUAUCCA